AGUACAUUCCUUCUCCUCGUGCGAUACGGAACUAGUUUUUGAGAAUAAACAAAAAUUCAUAGUGCAAACUAAAUUUUAAGUAAAAAAAAGCGACAUUUCUUAGGAGCUGUAGAAUUCAAAGAUGUCCAGCAAGACAAAAGCACCCGCGUCCUUCGAAGAAUUGGCCAAUCAGGUGUUUGAGAAGUCGAAACAGCUGAGUAUGUCGAUAAAGGAGCAGUGCAAGUUGGUCCAGGAGUAUCUGAAGGCCAGGAUCGAUGGGAGUGAUGGAAGCGAUGCAGAAUAUAAUAGUGAACCCGAUUCAGAUUCUGAAUCCGAGUCCGAGUCCGAGUCCGAUUCCGAUUUCGAGGAGGAUUCCCUUACUGAUUCCGAUGAGCGAACAGAGGAGAGCAGUGAUGAGUCCGAAUCGGAGCCCAGUGAAGUCGAGGAGCGUACCAAACCAUCAGAUACUCACAAGAGUGCCACUGCGGGUCCCUGGGAAAAACAAAUCUCCAAAGACGAGCCUGAACAAUCUCGGCUCGUGGCCUUUGUGGCGCCUCUCAAAUCCUCUGCGCCCCCGCAACCUGCCCCCCGCAUCCAGCGUCGACUGACUAUGGCUGGUGGCCUGAUAGCUCCUCAUAGUCGCAGUAGUGUACCAGUGCCAUCUAAAUCAGGGAAAGUCAAGUAGAUGUGAAUGCGGAUAGUCGAGCCAGGAGCUCGACGUUUCUCCCAGCUAUUUUAUUCUUUACACCGUUUA